AUGCUCCUCCUCAAGGAGUGCGGGGCGGAUUUAAAUGCGGUCGAUCAUAGCGGAUUCAGCGCGCUCGAUCUCGCCGCGCUCUGCGGGCAUAAAACCCUCGUCGCACGGCUGUUGGCGGAGUCGGAGGUGCAUCACAUGGGCGAGGAGGGCCCCCACGUGCGAUUACGCCAGCGCGUGGAGGAUUUUUGCGAGACCGCGAAGAGUUUUCAGCAGCGCGAUGAGUUGAAUGAGAUUAACCAGCUGGUGUGCAUGCCGCUCGCGGUGCAAUCCUUCGCGGCCUCUCAAUGA